GAAGGUCACGAGAACUGAAAAUGUUCCAAAAUACUUAUAGAACAAUGGAUUGCAAGACAGCUGUAUCUCCAAACUAAAUUGUCGCGAAAUCUCAUCGAGAUAGCUGCUUCAAAAAGAGAAUCUCUUCUCAGAGGAAAAGCUCGCGAUGGCUUCCAAAUAUUUAAUCAAAUAACUCGUGUAUUUUUAAUCUUAACGUAUUUCUGCAAAUUGUCACACAUGGGGUGAACGUCUCGUUUCCUAAAAAUGGAUGAGCAAGGUUGGUGAUGUGAUCGAUUAAAUGUCGAUAUCUCGAUAACGAGUGUUCAUUUAAUGUUAGAAGAGCACCUUAAGAAUUCACCUUUCGUAGCGUGGGUACAAUGUUUGUGUUAUUAAAAUUACUAUCUUAUUAUAUAUUACGGUUAUCAAGUAAAGUAAUGGGUUCCUUGUCAUCGGUGAUCUAUACUCCACAGAGUGGCGCAUUUAUCGCGACAACCGUGAAUAUUUCUGCUGUCUUGGAUGAUGCACAACAACGUCUGCAGGAGGAAGGUCUCGGCCACAAAACCGUCAAAAUUUCGAAAUUGUGAAUGGGUUUGACCGCGGCGUGGGCCCUUUGCGAUUGCAAUGGAACCGGCAGACAGUCGCAGAACAGCCUGGAGUGUCAAGUAUCGGCUAAGAAAGUCGUGUCGAAGUGCACACCAGCCCUAAAAGCCGUGAGGAAGUCGAAAUGCGGCCCUCGCCGCAUGCUGUUCGCCAUCCUUAUUAUACUGGUGGUGGCUUUCCUCGUUUACUCCGCGUUGUACGUAAAGCAAGGGGCGGUGGCGAUACGGGCGAGCCUGUCGAGACGACGUCAACCAGAACAGCAGGCUCCACCUCCGCCACCUCCAUCUCCAGAGAUCGUAGUCGAGGCUCCAGAACCCGAAGAAGUUGAACCGACGCAAGAAACGACUCCAGAGGAGGAUGAGAUCGUGGAGCAGUAAAUCUUGACGUCGAUUGUACAAGAAGUCUUCAUGCACUGGCUAGGAUUAUUCCUAGGAGUCUCGACGCGAGGAAGAGGAAAACUGAAGGUUUGAUCCCAGGUAACGAAUGUGCCAACCGUGCCACGCGGGAACGUAACGUAUGUACAUAAAUCCGUGUCCGAAACACUGAGCUGGAACUACAUUUUUCAUCCGCAACAUUAUUCGAAGCAAAGUUUCGUUGCAUUUCUCAGAGCAACGCCGAUUUCAUUCUUAGCAGUAACAGCUGCGAGGCGCCAGGAACGACAGCAUGGACCAUUCUUCGAUGAUCUACAUUUUAACCUUGCUGUUCGCUCGUUAACUGCUGAACAAUCGAAUGAAAUUAUUUGGAAACGUCGAAGUAAUCCUUGGAGUUGAUAACAACCUGAUAAUCGAAAUAUUCAUUAUUCAUUUUUAGACUGUUGGGGGGAAACCAAAUUAUCUAUCGAGUGAUUCAACCUUUAUGGAAAGGUUAGUGACUGUGACUCAGUCCUUUUAUAUUAGAUAAAUAAAUAAAAAUUGCAUAGAGAAGAAGUUUUACGAUUUGAAAUUGGUAAAGUGAAAUUCAACGUUUAUUAAUCGAA